GCAUCGGCGCCUGCUUUUUUCGCCUCGCUGUUUACCCCUCGUCGUUGUUGCAUGUUUGACUGAAGUUGUGGGAACACGCAGCAGAACAACCUGGAUGGUCGGUUUUAGGUAAUCUUUGGGCACGCAGCCUUUGCCUCAGUCAAUAUCUGUUGACUCCUUGUGUUAUCCGUCUCCAAGUAUGACUGCUUGAUCCAUCCCGCAGCAUCUCACAGCGCGCCGAUGGCGCCACCGGAAUUCCCGCCACCUGGUAGUUUCUUGGCUGCGGCGGCGAAGGCGGAGGAGGAGGAACGAGACGGAAACGGUCAGGCAGCCAAGGCGCUGUACGAGCAGCUGGUGGGCGAUGAGGCCACGCGAUGCCCGCUCGCACACAUCCAGCUCAUGCGCUUUCUGCGCCGCACAGAGGGCAUGGAGGCGGCCAGAAAGGCGUUUCUAGCAGCGAGGAAAGCGCCCGAGUGCACUUUCCAAGUGUAUGUGGCUUCGGCUUACAUGGAGCUGUGCCACAACAAGGAGCCCAAGGUGGCUCGAAACGUGUUCCAACUGGGAAUGAAGAAAUUUGGGACUUACCCAAGCUUUGUGAGAGAGUUCGCGCGCUUCCUGAGUCGCCUCAACGACGGCAAGGCCAUGCGGGAGGUGCUGCAGGGCGCCAUUGCAUCCCCAGCCAUGCCGCCACACUCACUGCAUCAGCUGUGGGGGGAGCUGGUGGAGUGCGAAUCUCUCUUCGGGGACCUCAAGUCUGUGCGGGAGGCCCAGGAGGGUCGGCGAAAAGCCCUCGCUUCGGCAGCAGGCCCGGGCAGCGCUCCCGAGCCUGAGCUCGAGGCUCGGAGGGCGCAGCGGGACCUGAUAGACCGGUUCAGCUACUGCGGUUUGCUGCCGUGUGACGCAUCAGCCCUCCCUCCAGACGUAGAAGCAGGCUCGGCAGGGUUGGACGGGAUUCAGGGUCGGCGGAGGUCAGACCAUAAUCGGGUUUUGGAGGUAGGGCAAGGAGCAGCAGAAGGAGCAGUAACGACAUCAGACGCAGAAAUGCAGGGAGAAAGGGUCGCUGCUCUAGCUGCAGGUGCUGCUGCACCGACUGCAGGUGAAUCAGCCCAAGCAGCAGGAGGAACAGCCCAAGCAGCAGGAGGAACAGCUGGAGCAGCAGCAGCAACACCAGCAGCAGCAGCAGUAGCAGCACAGGCAAGCACUGGCACCGGAAGGGGGGUUAAGGCGGAACCUCAGGAUUCCUCUGCCUCACAGGGCUCAGGGGCCCAAGCUCCUGAUCUGUCUUCUCUCUCCGCUGCCCUUGCCGCCGCUGCUGCUGUGCUGAUGCCCCGAGGGGGCACAGCAGGGGGAGCAGCAGCAGCAGCAGCCCCAGCACCAGGAGCAACAGGAGCAGCGGUAAACGGAGAGAAAGGGGGAGGGAGGCAAGGAGGGGAGAUACGAGAGGGGGGGCAAGCACGGGUGAAAGAGGAACCCGGUGGGGGAGAGGUGCCUAAGGCAGCGGCUGCUGGGUCUGCUGCUGCUACUGCUGCUGCUGCUGCUGCUGGGGCUGGUGCUGCUGGUGCUGGUGGGGUGAAGGAUGCUGGGGAGAAGGGGGAGCAGCAGGAGAAGGAGGGGGCAGCAGGGCCAACAGGCGUGAAGACCCACCAGUUUGUUGCGAGUGCUGCUGUGGAGUGGAAGCCAGGGUCCGGCCGCAAGCACGGCAUCGCAGCUUCCUCGAAGCUUCUUGAAGGCCUGCCAAGGUCCUUGGCACACUUCAUCUCCCAGCUCCCUCCUCCCAUCCCCGGCCCCUACCCCGACGUGGACUUCAUCAUGUCGCUGGUCAUUCAAGCAGAGCUCCCCCCAGAGGCGCUAGCAGCCAAAUCAGGUGGCCUGCACCGCGCAGCAGCACCUGGAAUGGCACCUGGGGCACCUGGGGCACCUGGGGCAGGUGGAGGGACAGGUGGCGGUGCGCUAUUGGCCGGCAGCAAGCGGAAGGAGCUGGAAGAGGAGGAGAUGGCGAACGCAGAGGCCAGAGCACGCAAGCCGCCACCGGUGCGAGAUAUUUUCCGACUGAGGCAGCUGCAGAGGGCUCGGGCAGGCUCUUCUGGGACAGGCUCGUUGAGCGGAGGGGCCGGUGGAACUGGGGGAGGAGGUACUGCGAGCGGCAGCGAUAGAUUCUCAGGCGGAUCCAUGUAGCUUGUGCGUUUUGUGAAACACUUUGCGGAAUGCACUCAAUGAAGCAAUGGCUGCAGGAUCCUGUGAGCAAUCCUAUCCCACCUACCAUUCCUGCAAACGUGGUGGACUACAUGCUCUUGAACGGAUGCAAGUGCUUGACCAUAUGGGAAUAGCAUGAUGCUUUUGCAAGGAGCAGCAAAUGCUUUCACAGAACCUUGGAUGAUGUGCGAGAAGAUUACCAUAGCCUACCACCUAAUGUUGCAUUUUUAGUGAGUCAAGGACU